AUGACUUUCUUAGACCUAAAUGAGCUCAGGAGCGCCAUAGACAGCUAUGCUAUUUCGAAAGGGGUGAAUAUCAAAAUUAUUAGAAGUGAGAAAAGGUUAUUAAAGGCAAUAUGUGAAGAGGGCUGCCCAUUCACCUUAUAUGCAUCGAGAGAUGGGAAUAAUGUGGGCUACAAGGUGAAGACAUUGUGCAAUGAGCACUGGUGUGGUAGGGUUUUCAAGAACCCUAGGGCAAGUGUGAAGUGGCUAGCCGAGCACUUCAAGGAGAAAAUACAGGAGAGACUUAAUUACAGCAUAUGUGAAAUGAAGAAUGAUGUUGAGCGUGAGUUGAAGGUCCACAUGAGCUUACAUAAGUGCAAGAGGGAAAAGAAGAGAAUAAUACAACACAUGGAUGGGAGCUUCGUAGAUGAAUUCUCCAAGUUAGAAGCUUACUACAAUGAACUGAAAGUGUCAGAUCCUGGGUCAGAUAUUAGUGUGGAGAUAAGUAACGAGGCUUUGGAACAAGGGAAAAGAGUUUUUAGAAGAAUGUAUUUGUGUUUUAAUGCAGCAAAGGUUGGUUGGAAAGUUGGGUGUAGACCAUUGAUUGGAGUUGAUGGAACAUUUCUGAAAGGUAAAGCUAGAGGGAUUCUGUUAACUGCUGUUGGUUUAGAUGCUAACGACUCAUUGUACCCGUUAGCAUUUGCUUUGGUUGAUAAAGAGAAUGGUGGAUUACAACAUGCUGUGACAGAGAUACUCUCAAAGGCCGAGCAUAGACUUUGUGCAAGGCAUAUUUAUGCUAAUUGGAGCAAAAGAAUGUUUGAUGGGAUAAGGGUUAAGAUGAUGGAAAAAUGGGCUGAGAGUAAGCAAAAUGUGAGGAAUUGGAAAGGCAACUAUAGUCCAAAAUGUCUGGACUUAUUUGAAGCAAAUAGGUUGUUGUCCUCUACGUGUAGAGUUUUUUUCAACGAGGAUGAGCAAUUUGAGGUGACUGAGGGACAAGAUAGGCACACGGUAUGUCUCACUAGGAAAGUGUGCACGUGCAGGGCAUGGGAUUUAACUGGAAUCCCAUGCCAACAUGCUAUUCAUGCUAUGUAUUAUUGUAAACUGGAGCCCCUCACCCAUAUCUCACGCUAUUACCACAAGGACACCUACAUUGCUAGCUAUAGGACAAAGUUUGCACUUGUGAGGGGCAAACAAUUCUGGGAUACAGAACAGUUUAUCCCUAUGCUACCACCACCUGAGCGCACAUUGUCUGGCCGACUAAGGAAAAAAAAAGAAUCAGGACAGAAGAAGUAA